AUGUCGCUACCUGACCCUACCGAAGACCUCGAUUGGGGGGGUUACCUUGGAGGUAUCCAUGAGAUAUUCCACAAGAAUGCCGUGGCUCAUCCCGACAGACCUUGUGUCAUCGAGACCAAGACUUCCAAGGCGCCAACAACAACAUACACCUACCGCCAAAUUGACGAGGCAAGCAACAACAUCGCAAACUACUUGCGCGAUGCUGGCAUUCAAAAUGGGGACGCCGUCAUGAUCUUUGCGCACCGCUCAGUCGAGCUGGUCUGUGCGUACAUGGGAACCCUGGCUGCCGGUGGUAUCGUCACCGUCCUUGAUCCUCAGUAUCCCCCACAAAGACAGCAGAUCUAUCUUCAAGUCGCUCAGCCCAAGGCGCUUAUCUCCAUCCGCAAGGCUACGGAGGAGAGCGGUCCACUAGCUCCUCUCGUCCAAAAGUACAUUGAUGAUGACCUUGGUAUUAAGAUCAAGAUUCCGGACCUCCGCUUCACCGAGGAUGGCGCGUUGACUGGUGGCGACCAAGAUGGCGGCGACAUCUUCGCCAAUGUCAAGGAGAGGGCAUCUACACCUCCAGACGUGCUCAUCGGACCCGAUUCCAACUGUACGCUGUCAUUUACAAGCGGAACUCAAGGCUUACCAAAGGGCGUACUUGGCCGUCAUUACAGUCUGGCAAGAUAUUUCCCAUGGAUGGCUGAAAAGUUUGGCCUCUCAUCAGAAAGCGUGUACGCCUGUCUUUCUGGAAUUGCCCACGACCCAAUCCAGAGAGAUAUCAUGACGCCGCUUUUCUUGGGCGCGAGACUCCUCAUUCCCGCCAAGGAGGAUAUCCAGCAUGAGAGGCUGAGUGAGUGGAUGCGAGAGUGGUCUCCAACAACGACUCACCUUACGCCUGCGAUGGGACAGAUUCUGGUUGGUGGCGCUACAGCCCAGUUCUCCAACCUGCGCCAGGUCUUCUUCGUCGGUGACGUCCUUACCACUCGCGACUGCCGCGCGCUUCGUAAGCUCGGCCCUGCCUGCAACAUCAUCAACAUGUACGGAACCACGGAAACUUCUCGUGCUGUGUCCUACUUUGCGGUUCCCUCCGCUCAGGAGGACCCGACAGCCCUGGAUUCACUCGGCGACUCCGUCCCCGCCGGCUGGGGCAUGAAGGAUGUCCAGGUGCUGGUAGUGGAUCGCAAGGAUCGCACUAAGAUUUGUCCUAUUGGUGUCGUUGGAGAAAUCUAUAUUCGCGCUGCCGGACUCGCGGAAGGUUACCUGAAUGAUGCUGAGAAGAACAAGGAGAAGUUCAUUGACAACUGGUUCGUCGACAAUGAUAAGUGGGUGGAAGCAGACAAGGCCAACAGCAAGGGCGAACCGUGGCGCAAGUACUACAAGGGACCGCGAGACAGACUUUACGUCACAGGAGAUCUCGGAGAAUAUCGACCGGACGGGUCUGUGCGUGUGCUAGGCCGUAUCGACUCCCAAGUCAAGAUUCGCGGAUUCCGGGUGGAACUCAACGAGAUUGAUGCCAACCUGAGUGGCAGUCCUCUGAUCCGAGACUGCAAGACCCUGGUUCGAAGAGAUCGUAACGAGGAGCCGACGCUCGUCAGUUACAUCGUGCCCGAGAUUGCGGAGUGGAAGCGCUGGCUUGAGGCUCAGGGCCUCCAAGAUAUCGAAGAGGAGGGUGUGGAAAUGGGGCCCUGUACCGUCUACCUCAAGAAGCGGUUCCGCCUCAUCCAAGCCGAAGUGCGAGACCACCUCAAAUCUCGCUUACCGGCGCACUCGGUUCCCUCGAUCUACCUUGUGUUGCAAAAGCUGCCUCUGAACCCGAACGGGAAGGUCGACUCUCCCAACCUGCCUUUCCCCGAUGCCUCUCUCAUGAUGGAGGAAGCCUCGGAGGAGGACCUGAAGAGCUGGGAGAGUCUGUCCGAGACUGAGAAGACUAUUGCGACACAAUGGUCGACCCUGAUCCCGGGUUUCAAUGCUCAGACAGUCCGGCCCGACUCAAGUUUCUUUGACUGCGGUGGUCACAGUCUUCUUGCUCAGCAGCUCCUGCUUGACCUUCGCAAGAACCUGAACGUCGACAUCACCAUCAGCGUCCUCUAUGCAAACCCCACCCUUCGCGGCCUGAGCACCCAAGUCGACCGUCUUCGCAGCGGCCAGGCUGUUACAGUCGACCAUUCUGCCGAUACAGUCUACUCUGACUCUCUCGACGAGCUCACCAAGACCCUGGACGAAAAGUACCAAAGCGCGGAUCCCGAUGCCUUGAGCCCUUCCACUGGCGCCACCUUUUUCCUUACCGGUGCCACUGGCUUCCUCGGCGCAUACCUAGCCAAGGACAUCUUAGAGAGGAAGAACACCAAGCUUAUUGCUCACAUCCGUGGAGCCAAGGACCACAAGUUUGCCAAGGAGCGUCUCACAAGAUCCCUCAAAGGCUAUGGUCUCUGGCAAGACUCCUGGGCGGACAGGAUCUCCUGCGUUAUUGGUGAUCUUACCAAGCCCCGCCUUGGCCUUGACGACGCCAGCUGGAAGCACGUCGCUGAUACAGCUGAUGCGUUUAUCCACAACGCUGCGUACGUUCACUGGAUCGCUCGUUACGAGCAGAUGAUGCGUCCCAAUGUUCUCUCGACCAUUGAUGCGAUGAAGCUCUGCAAUGAGGGCAAGCCUAAGCUCUUUUCGUUUGUCUCCUCCACUUCCACCCUCGAUACAGACCACUACUUCAAUCUAUCGGACGCUCAGACCGCUACCGGCCGCGGCGCCGUCCUCGAGUCCGACGACAUGAUGGGUAGCCGUAACGGCCUUGGCACUGGCUACGGUCAAACUAAGUGGGUGUCUGAGCAGCUCGUCCGCGAGGCCGGCCGCCGUGGUCUCCGCGGCGCAGUGGUCCGACCCGGCUACAUUCUCGGCAGCAGAAACGGCGGUGUCUCCAAUACCGACGACUUUCUCAUUCGCUUCUGCAAGGGUUGUGUCCAGCUCGGCGCUCGUCCUCGCAUUAUCAACUCGGUCAAUGCCGUCCCUGUCGACCAUGUCGCUCGCGUUGUUGUCGCUUCGGCGCUGAACCCGCUUCCUGGCGUCAACGUUGUGCACGUCACGGCCCACCCCCGUCUGCGGAUGAACGAGUUCCUCUCUGCGUUGAGCUACUACGGCUAUGAAGUGCCAGAGGUCGACUACGAAGACUGGAAGACGCAGCUCGAGGAGUUUGUCUCGGCCGGUGCCGUCGAGAAGGACCAGGAGCAGAGCGCGCUGAUGCCGCUGUUCCACAUGGCCACCUCGAAUCUGCCGAGCACCACGCGUGCUCCGGAGCUGGAUGACAGAAACGCCGUGGCUAUCCUCAAGGCCGAUGCGGACCGCUGGACAGAUGUCGACGAUAGUGCAGGAGAGGGCAUCACGCGUGAGGAUAUUGGUAGAUAUCUGCGGUACCUCGUUGAGAUUAAGUUUAUGGCGGCACCUACUGGUAGAGGCCGCGAACUGCCGGCGAUUGACACCGCGAUCGCCGAGGCGCAGGCACAGUGGGGAGUUGGUGGUCGCGGGGGUGCUUCUUAA